AUGUCUACCUUCGCUUUCCUUCUCCUCUGCGUCCAAGCUUGCUUGGUUCAGAAUGUAUACAGCCAGUGCCGCGGUGCGCUAGCUGGGCCUCUUGGAUGGGAAGCCGGUCUGGCUGGACCCACUGGUUGUGGGUGGGGCCCUGGCAUCGCUGGUCUAGGCUGGGAAGCCGGUCUCGCUGGUCCCGCUUACGGUUUGGGUCUUGCUGCUCCAUAUGGUGCUGCCUACGGUGGUGCCGGUGUUGGUGAUGUAGCCGUCGCUGGUGAAAUGGGCGUCGCUGGUACUACCCUGGUUGCUGGCCAUGUACCUAUCCUUGGUGCUGUAGAGUUCGGAGGUGUUGUGCCAGCUGGUGGAGCUGUCUCCAUUGCUGGUAGCUGCGGCUGCGGCUGCAACGAUGCCGCAGCCGCAGCUACCAGCAAUGGAGACUGCUCCACCAGCUGGCACAACACCUCCGAACUCUACAGCACCAAGGAUAGGCACAUGGCCAGCAACCAGGGUAGUACCGGCGACGCCCAUUUCACCAGCGACGGCUACAUCACCAACACCGGCACCACCAUAGGCAGCACCAUAUGGAGCAGCAAGACCCAAACCCCAGUCGUCCCGGAUUUGCUGCAUGGUCCCUUGAAACAUUAUCAAGUUUGUAUUCAAACGGUAAACAUGUUCAAGGCUGCACUUUUCGUCUGCGCUCAGGCGCUCUUCAUCCAGUCCAUCGCUGGACAAUGCAUCGGAGCUGGAUGGGGCGCUCCCUUAGCUGCUGCUCCUUAUGGUCUCGCCGGUCCUCUUGCUGGCAACUGUGGAUGCGGAAUUGCUGCCAUCCCUGCCUCCAGCGGUGGUGGUCUCGGUGUGUCCAGCGCUUCUGCUAUCCCACCAAACGGAGUAUCUGUACUCUCAGAAAACGCUAUUGAAGGAACUCUCGCCGUCGCCGGUGCUCUGCCGUUCUUGGGAACCGUCGCUCUAGAAGGUGCUCUGCCAACUGCUGGUGCUGGUGCUGUCAACUACGGAUGUGGCAACGGGGCCGUUGCUAUUUUGGAGGAACUCGCUCCCGCUGGUAUUGCUGGCCCACUCGGCUACGGCCUUGGUCCUUACGGUGCUAUUGACGGUUUCGGCUACGGCGGUCUCGGUUACGGCAUUGGACCUCUGGCUGGACCUUACCGUGCUGGUUGUGGCUGUGGUUCCCUCAUCUAAAACCGACAAUA